CACUCUUUUCACCUCUACUAAUUAAAUCAUAAUAAUAUCAAAAAAAUCACUUCUUCAAUUUUCUCCCUCUCUCUCUCUCUCAAUUAUAUUUUCGUCAAAUAUAUCUAAUAGUAUACAAUACUAUAUAUCGAUGGCAAUGAAGGCUUCUCUUCUUUUGAUUAUUUCAAUGUUUAUGAUCAGCUCUUCAUUAUCAUAUGCUAUCAAAUUUAACGUUGGUGGCAAAUAUGGCUGGUCACUCAAACCAUCAUCGGACUAUAGUCCUUGGGCUCAGAAAAAUCGCUUUCUAGUCAAUGACACACUUUUUUUUAAGUACAACAAAGGAUCGGAUUCAGUGUUGUUGGUAAACAAACAAGAGUAUGAUUCAUGCAACACAAAGAAUCCAAUUACCAAGAUGGACGGUGGAGAUUCAAUUUUCACUUUGGAUAAAUCAGGUCCAUUUUUCUUCAUUAGUGGCAAUGUUGAAAAUUGUGAACACGGUCAAAAGUUAAUUGUUGUUGUUAUUUCACCAAACCACCAUAAAAAACAACAAGGUCCAUCAUCAUCACCUUCUGCGGUCGCACCGGUAUACUCUCCUGCACCAUCUCCUGCUCAUUCGGGAUCUACGAGGAUUAGUGGUUAUGUUUGUUUCAGUGUUGUGGUGGCUUUGCUCUUAGGAACAUUUGCUUUCUAGAAUUUAAUUUCUAGGCAUCUUUUGGUUGUUGCUUUUUUUGUCUUUUUUUGUGUGUUGAAAUUUGACUUGUUUUAUUUUUCUUUUUUGUUUGUGAUGAUGCCUCACAAACUAUUUUUUUAUUUCAUAGUUGAAUUUGAAGGAAUAUAUUUUAAUUAUUUGAAAAUUGUUUAUUAUUUGUUUUGAUUUUAACUUGGGUGAAGCAUUCUAUAUUUUAUCAUCAAA